AUGAUAAUAGCAGACCUCCAAGCAGAAGCCCAAUCUAUUGUUGAGAAACACAGCACGGCUGAAUGGACAUCUCUCCAAGGACUAGAUAUCUCUCCAAGGACUAGAUAUCUCUCCAGACAGUUGUUCAGAACUCUGUCUUAUCACACACACAGCAGAGAUAGAGAGUAGCAGCAGCAGCAAACGGAUUUUGGGACAGACUGAGUAUUGUGUUACAUGAAUUAAUUAUAAAUCUAAAAGGGGCACGUUGCUAUAGAGACGGAGGUUUUUUAAAACCACAGUGCAUUUAGCCUUCACAGUACUUUACAGUCGCAGUCGGUGGGUCAGGAACAGCAGCAAUGUAUAUCAAGUUUUGCCGUAUUGUAGGAAGUGGAGGGAAUGACAAAUUACCAGAUGAGGCAAACGCAAAGUUUUCGGUUGAAGUGAAGAAGCAGCAAGGGAAAGACCUGCAGGUCCUGGGGAACGUCGGUCUGUACCGCACAGUGUGUUUACUACUGUCUGUCAUCUGUCUGGUUCUACUGCUCGUCAUCAUCAUCAUCUGUGUCAAAUUUCCAUUCCAGCCUCAAGUCUGUCAUGGGACUGAAAAAGGGAUUGAGGCUAAAGAGAAGGGGAGUAUGACUGAAAAAGGGAUUGAGGCUAAAGAGAAGGGGAGUGUGACUGAAAAAGGGAUUGAGGCUAAAGAGGAAAGGUUCCAGUCCACUGAGGUGUGCAGCCUGCAGACAUGCCAAGCACAAUACUUCCAACAACAGAGCCAGGUCCCCGCCUGCCACAUGUGUGAUGAAGGCUGGCUGCACUUUGAGAGCUCCUGCUACUUCCUCUCCAGAGACAGAAUGAACUGGGACGAGAGCAGGGACGAGUGUAAGAAGAGAGGGGCAGAUCUGGCUGUCAUAACAAACAAAACAGUGCAGACCUUUCUAACGAUGAAGGGGAACCUGAUGUACUGGAUCGGCCUGAGACAGAGAACCAGGAACUGGGUUUGGGUCAACAACAAUGCACUGGGACAGAGUUACUGGUCAGGAUCCAACAGACAAGGGGAUUGUGGGUUACUGACAGGAAGGGAUCCUCCUGAGAGAAGCUGGAGCUCCACAUCAUGUGACCAGUACAGCUUCUACAUCUGCCAGAGGGGGCGCUAAAGGACAGACUUCACCAUCUGCCAGCAGUCACCAACCCUGAUCCUGGAGAGCUAUACGAUGUACAGGCUUUUGUUCCAGCCCAGCAGUAAGACACAUGAUUUAGCUAGUCAAUGAAUCACCUUGAUUAGCUGAAUCAUUUAAGUGUUGUACACCAUGUAGGUCAGCAGGGUUAGUGGCCACUGCCAUAUUCCAACUAAGAAACCUGUCAAUACGGAUUCUCUUUAGACUUCUAUCAUUCAGUCCUAUUCCAUAGCCUUUUAUCCCAUGAUUACACAUCUCUAUCAACAGCCUUUUAAACCUUGAUUAUACACUGUAUGACCUAAGUCUAUGUUAUAAUUCAUUAGACAUCCAGGUAUAACCAAUGAUGGUAAAUAUAAUCACAUUACAGUUAGUUAUGCCUUGUGAAGAACAAUCAAGUCGGCCUGCCAGUUUCAGUUAGAGUCUGCACUAAAUGUAAAAGAUUAACACUGUAUAUUGCACUCAUUUGCUUGUUCUGCUGAGAUGUUUUCUAUAUGUGUUCUCAAUGCCUUUGAAUGUGAUAAUGACCGACAUGAUUAUGUGCAUUAACCAAUCAUUAGGUUUUAAGUACUGAUUCACAAUCUUGAAAGAAACAAACGUUUAAUAUCAUUUGUCCAUGUAAUAAAGAAUCAGUUAUUA